UACUUGUGUACAAAAUCCCGGAAAUGGCAGUUUUCAAACGGAGGUGAUCUCAGCAGGCAGGCAAGAGGUUCAGCUACACAGGCAGUCAUGUAAACAGUGUAGCCAGGGCCAGUAAGCUAGUGAAAGUGAAUUGACUCUUGACAGUUAUUUUAGCUGCGCAGAGGCUCGUUAGGAUUUAAGAUUCGCUUUGGCGAGGUGGUCAUUGACAUUUACCAGAUUUACUGCGCAGGGACGGAGACUGCAACAGCAGGCAGCUGUCAUGAACUUAAACAUUGCACCAACAACAACAGCAGCCGCCGCAGACAAAAAUAGAAACACUACAUGAGUGAGGACUUGCGAUAAUGUGAACUGGAGUGGUCAGGUUUCAGACAUGGCUGAGGAUGGCAAGAUGAGGCAGAUGGGGAUGUCAGCGACGGUCAGUCCAUCUCUGUCUUGCGUGCGGCAGAAGUACCAUAGCAGCAGGCAUUCCCAGGGCCUGCUGGAUGGUCUACUGGCGUUGAGGCAUGGUGGCAUCUUGUUCGACGUGGUGCUCCUCGUGGAGGGCAAGCCUAUUCAGGCCCAUCGCAUCCUCCUGGCCGCGUCCUGUGAUUAUUUCAGGGGGAUGUUUGCAGGAGGAUUGAGAGAGAUGCAGCAGACAGAGGUUUCAGUACACGGUGUGACUUACGUGGCUAUGACCAAACUACUGGACUUCAUCUAUACCUCUGAGCUGGAGUUAGACCUGGACAAUGUGCAGGAAGUGCUAUCAGCUGCCACCCUAUUGCAGGUUCAGGAGGUGAUCGGCUUCUGCUGUGAAUUCCUCUUCUCCUGGCUGGAUGACGACAACCUGCUGGAAGUGGAGAAGCUGGCCGACGUCUAUGGCCUGGACCAGCUGGCCGCCAAGGUGGACGGCUAUCUGCUGAAGAACAUCCGCAGCCUGUCACGCCUGCCGGUCUACCGGCAGCUGCCCCCGGACAAGGUGUUCAGCGUCCUGAGCAGCGACAACCUGGAGGUGGAGUCGGAGAAUGAGGUGUACGAGGCUGCGCUGCACUACCACUACACCCCCGAGCAGGUGGAGAAGGACCAGGUGUGCCUGCAGGACCCGAUGCGGAUGUUGGAGGCGGUGCGCUUCUGCCUGAUGGAGCGUGGCGUGCUGCAGCGGCUGUUCGGGCGACUGCAUGAGGCGCGCCCGCUGCGCGAGGCUGUGUCGGCCGCCCUGCACUACCACAGCCAGGAGCUGUGGCAGCCGGUGAUGCAGAGCCCGCUCACGCAGCCGCGUUCCACCUUCCACUGCCUGCUGGCCUUCGGCGGCAUGUUCUCCUCGGGCGCGCUCGACGACAACGAGGAGCGCUUCCAGGUCUACCACCCGAGCUGGUCGGAGUGGCGCAGCCUGCCCGCCGAGCGGGCACCGCGCAUGUCCAACAUGGGCAUCGCCGUGCUCAACAACUUCAUCUACCUGGUGGGCGGCGACAGGAACACCAGCGGCUUCCGUGCCGAGACGCGCUGCUGGAGAUACGAUCCGCGGCACAACAACUGGUGCACCAUCGAGCCUCUGCAGCAGCAGCACGCCGACCACUGUGUCUGCGUCCUGGACGGCUACAUCUACGCCAUUGGGGGUCGCGACUAUAGCAACGAGUUGGACUGCGUGGAGCGCUACGACCCGCACCACAACACAUGGGAGCAUGUGACGCCGCUGAAACGCGAGGUGUAUGCACAUGCCGGAGCAGUGCUUGAUGGGAAGAUUUACAUCGCCUGCGGGCGCAGGGGUUCGGUCUACCUGAAGGAGACUUACUGUUACGACCCAAGUGCCAACCACUGGGGGGCAUGUGCAGAGGGCCCUGUGGAGAGAGCCUGGCACGGGAUGGCAGCCCUCGACGGGCGGCUGUACGUCAUCGGGGGCAGCAACGACGGCUGUGGCUACAGGAGGGAUGUCUUCAAGGUGGCGUGCUACACCCCGCGCUCCGACUCCUGGUCAGUGGUGUGUCCGGUGCCCGCGGGGCAUGGCGAGCCGGGCCUGGCCGUGCUCGAUGGCCGCAUCUACAUCCUGGGCGGGCGCUCGCACAAUAAGGGCAGUCGCAUGAAGUACGUACACGUGUACGACCCCCAGCUGGACUGCUGGAAGAGCGGCACGCCUCUGGAGGACCGCGUGUCCGGCCUGUCGGCCUGCGUGGCUCUGCUGCCCUACUCCGUCCUCAGCCAGGCCCGCAGCUGGGAGCAGCACGCCAAGGCUUCCUGGGUGGAGGUGGACUGGGACGACUCGGACAACUCCAGCGAGGACUGACCUCCAACACCUCCCCUGUGUCCACACACGCACACUGCCCCGCCCCCAUAACGAGCGGCUGGCGGUCAUGAGCGGUGGGUGGCCCAUGUUGUGACGUGGUGUGCUCAUCGGGGAGGUCAGUGGUUGUUGUGAUGUGACAUGAUGGAAAUGGAUGGUGCAGAGCAUUUCGCCAAGCUCCCAUCUUCGCACCAGAAGACUACAGCGGAAAAGACUGCAGCUUCAACAUUUUCUUCAGCAAAAAUGACAUUUUAAUCACUUCAGUUUGGGCCUUUGUCUGACACUUGACUUGUGAAUGAGAUUUUACAGAUGCAUCACAUCAUAAUCGCAGUUCUCACACUGGUACGCAUCACAGUUGUACACAUCGACAGAGUUUCGCAUGAAAGAAACGCUCAGCUUCCCGCCUCUCACUGCUGCAAUACACUGGGUGCUCUCAGCUCUUUAUUCUGCAGCCCCUCUAGUGUGAUCCUCUUUUUCGUGCUCAGAGUUUUUUUAACCAUGCGGCUGCAUUCAGGGUUGGUCACGUCUGCUUCGUUCCCACACUGCGCUCCAUGUUGCUCUUUUGUCCAUCUCGGUGUCGCCCCCACACAUCUGCCGCUGAUUCCACUCUGAACUUACGGAGCCCCCGAAGGGAAAUGGUGGGAAUGUUGUUUUUUUUUAAAGAUACUUUUGUGUUCCUUCGCAAUGGUUUUGCGUUCCUUUGUAAUAAGUUUUGCAUUGCCUUGCCAUAAGUUUGCGUCCCUUCACAAUAGUUUUGCACUCCGUUGCAAAGCCAAAACUAUAGUGAAAGAAUGCAAACUUUAUUGCUAGGGGACACGUAUGUAUUGUGGGGGAAACACACAAGAAAUGAUCACCAAUUUCCUGCUGUUGUAAAGAAACUAUUUCCUUCAUGGACAUCGUGGUCAAUACAGGUUCACCAAAGACCAGACGAGGGGAUUUCUUCAUUUUUUUAAUUAGUGGCUUUAUUAAGGCAGCUAAAACUGUGACUAAUGUUAUCCAAGAUUGCAAGUGUACGCUGGCAAUAACUGUGCACGUGAUUAUGAUUUUGGCUUUAUUACUUCAAGGCUUCGGAUUUUGACGGUCAUCGUUGUUGACCAUCUCCAAUACUAGUGUGUAUUCAUUAGGCAGCCUAAUGGGAGGGCCUUCAAUGAAAAAAAAAACGUGUGUGAUGUCUCAUAGAUUUGUGCGUUGUCAUAUAAGGCAGUGCUUCUCAAACUCAUGAUUUCUCAUAGGUGUGUGCGUCGUCAUAAAAAACUCAUGAUUUCUCAUAGGUUUGUGCGUUGUCAUAUAAGGCAGUUCUUCUCAAACUCAUGAUUUCUCAUAGGUUUCUGCAUUGUCAUAUAAGGCAGUGCUUCUCAAACUAAUGAUUUCUCAUAGGUCUGUGCAUCGUCAUAAAAAAACUCAUGAUUUCUCAUAGGUUUGUGCAUUGUCAUAUAAGGCAGUGCUUCUCAAACUAAUGAUUUCUCAUAGGUCUGUGCGUCGUCAUAAAAAAACUCAUGAUUUCUCAUAGGUUUGUGCGUUGUCAUAUAAGCAGUGCUUCUCAAACUUCCCCUCACCUCAAGAAUAAUCUGGUAGGUGUAUUUUUUCACACAAUCUGGCAACCCUCAGAAAUUCGCAACCCACUGAUAUAAGGUACUUACAGAUGUGUCUGUUUUCCAUGUUUCUGAAUUUAUUAGAGCACAUUUUUAAGUGGUUCAAAAUGUAGAUGGACUUUACUGUGGACUAUACAGUUUACUGAUGCUUAGCUAAGGCUAGACUGCCUAGUGUGAGCAGCAACACUGUUUGGAAUGCAAUGGAAAUUAGACUUAAUGGGUGAAAAGUGAUGGUUUCAUGUAUAAUGUUAUUUUUUCACACAAUCUGGCAACCCCUAGAAAUGAUCUGGUUGCCCUCGUGUUGAGAAGCACUGAUAUAAAUUACUUACAUGUGUUUAAUAAUGUUACUUAUGUGUUGUUAAUGUUACUUACAUGUGUUUGUUUUCCAUGUUUCUGAAUUCAUUAGAGCUGUGAAGUUUUGAAGUGGUUGCAUGUAAAAGAUGUCUUUGCCAAAGAAUGUAGUGAGGAUGCCACAAAGAUUAGUGACAGAACCGUGGUGGUCAUGUGUGAUGUGGUUUGAUGUAGGUGUGUAAUGGUCAUUUUUGUGUUUUUGUUCAGUUGCUUUUUGCUAAAGAAGUUUUCUGAGAAGUUGUGUAUUGGGAGAGCACUUUGCUUAUCUUACAAUACAAUGCCAUGUACCAAUUUGGUCACUAGAGGGAGUUGGCAUCACUAGAGAGAACUUCAGUUGGAAAACAUACUCUGCACAUCAUUUUUUUAAUUUACAGUGCUUUCUGUUCACUGUUGCAAUUAAUUAUGGGCUACUGCUCCAAUAAAAUGAGCACACAUUUACACACUUUAAAAUAACAUACAUAAACAAGCAGAUUAGGACAUUUAUGGGUUUUUUUUGUUGUUUUUGUUUUGUUGUUUUUUUGCUCCAUUGUGCCUUGUUUAUUCUCCUUCCCUGCACAUGCAUUACUGGAGCUUAAUUCCUGUAAUGUGCCUCAUUCUUCACUUCAACCCUUUAGAUGGAAAAGAAGAUGGACACAUGUUGACCAUCUAUGCUUUAUGUGACAGUGCAAUUACACUGAAGUUCAUCAUUGCCAUGCAAAAAUCAACAGCCAGCUCACUCAUGUUCUUUGCCAUCUGUGUUUAUGUCUGUGUUAAGACACAUUGAUGUUCACUGUCAAUAGACUGACAUUUAAAGAGCUGUAUAAUGUGAAUUAAACACCUGUACUGGUUUUAUCUUUAUGUAAUCCAAGCUAAUAGAUCACAUAUAUUACAUAUCAUAUGUAUAUGUAGAAUAUUUACAUGGUACGAAUGCAUUUAGCAGCUGGCAAGGGCUUUAUGUAAGGAGACUGAUUGAGUGGCCGGAAGAUAAUACUACUAGUCUAUAUGCACAAGAAAUCCUAGUGGAGCUAAAAACUGACUUUGACACCAGCGAUCACUUUUAUUGGGUCAGGAAUAGUCAUUCAGAGAGACAUUGUUUGGUGUAACAAUAUCCCUUCCAGAGGCUUGCCUGGCCAGUGGUGAUAACACAUAGAGAUUUUAGCUAUAUGAGAAUGUGUCGUUGCCACUCAGAUACGCUCACAUUUCUACAUCGGCUGCCUGCUCAGUGUUACUGCAGUCUGUUAUGUUAUGUGAAGAGGAUUUAUGACUUUACUAGUUCCUGUUCCCAAAACCAAAAGUUAUCAAUGUAAUGAUUUAUAACCUCCAA